UGGCGGGCGGCUCCACGGCAAUUGCGGCAGCAUGUUUGGCGACAACGAACAGCACCGCAUCUGCAGUGCGUGCGUCGCCAAGGACGGCAAGCGCAAGGCGCCAGCAGCUGACACCGGACCGGUGGAAGGGGACAAUCUAAACGCCCGAAGGUCACGAAUGGGGGGAGUAAGAAGUUUCAGCCUACUCGAAAGGGGCCUCGUGCGCGGCCGGAUUUGGACGCCAAGCUUGAGAUGCUGAAGCUCAUGGAUGCCAAGGUCACUC